UCUCCGUUCUGCUUUUCCUGCUCCCGCGUUACUCAUGUUGGAUUUACCUUUGUAUUUUAUGUAUAGAUGCAGUUGCAAUUGUGCAGUCUGAGCCACAGAGUUCCAGUUUGUUUUUAACCGCAUCGGUUUGUGGACUUUGCUUUUUGCUUGAUUUUUAUUUUUCCCGCCUGUUUCCUGUUUGUGUCUCACUGCUUGCCUCAGAUCUCCCUCAGCAGCCUUUUCCAGCAUUACUUCUAACAAAAGUUUAUCUUACAUUUCUUGGUCAUGGAUGAUUUCGUAAGAACCAAACUGGUUGAAUGGGGGCUUAGUGAGUGGGUGGAAAAAUUUAAAGAUCAAGAAAUUGAUGAAGAAAAUAUUUUUGAGCUUGAUGAUCGAGAAAUUGAGAAUUUGAUCACAAAAGCUGGACCAAGAAUGAGAUUCAAGAAGAACCUCAAGCUGUUAAAGGUCUUGCCAUCCACAAGUGAUACAGGAAAGAGAAAAUCUGAUCUUCAAAGUGAUGCCAGCAGGUUGCAGUCACCAGCUAAGCGACAGCGUCUGUCUAUGCCAGGAUUUGCAGAAUCAAUCAUACUGUCUGAUGUGAAAAGCAUCAUGACAUUUGUACAUGCCAGACUAAAUGACCAAGACAAACUCAGUGAUUUCUUAAAGAAAAAGAUCAGUGAUUUGGAGACAGACAAGAGGGAGCUGGUUGGUGUCUUUGGUAAAACCGGGGCUGGAAAGAGCUCUUUGAUAAAUGCCAUCAUUGAAGAGAAGAAUCUUUUACCUUCAGGAAGCAUCAAUGCCUGCACCUCAGUCAUGAUCAAAGUGGAAGCCAACGCACACAACAAGUAUGAAGCAGAAAUUGAGUUCAUCACAAAGGAGGAGUGGAAAGAUGAUUUGUGGUCAUUUCAUCAGCUUCUUGACAAUAAUGAAAAUCAGGAAAAGGAAGGGGAUGAUGAUUAUCGUGAUGCUGUUGAAAAGCUGUCAGCACUUUAUGGAGAAGAAUGGAAAGAGAAGUCCUCUGAAAACCUCAUGGAGAACAAAUAUUUCAAAGAAAUUCCAGAAUUUCUCCAAUCCAGGCGGAAGAUAUUGAGAUGUGAAUCAGCUAAUGAACUUUCUGCACAAUUUGUCAAGUACACAAGAAGUGAGUCAAAACAAGGAGAAGGCAAUGAAGGAAAAAAGUGGUUUUGGCCACUAGUGAAGUGUGUGACUGUCAGGGUGCCAAACAAUCCUUUUCUCCAGCAUGUCACACUUGUGGACCUUCCUGGAAAUGGCGACUGUAACAAGAGCAGAGAUCAGAUGUGGAAAGGGAUAGUUGGAGAGUGUUCUACUGUGUGGAUUGUGACUGAAAUUAACCGAGCAGCAUCAGAGAAAGAGGCCUGGGAGAUCCUGGAAAGUGUCAGUAGUCUGAUUGGAAAUGGUGGCGAAUGUCAGCAAAUUCACUUUAUCUGCACCAAGUCUGAUCUUCUUGAUGAUUCAGAUGAUCUUUCAUCAGCUGAUGUCCAUGAUCGAAUAGUUAAAAGAAACAUUCAUGCCAAGGAUGGAGUAAGGGAAGCAUUCAACAAGCGAACCAAGAUUAAGAAACACUUCACUGAUGACAGUUUCAAAGUGUUCACAGUGAGCUCCAAAGAGUUCCUAAAAGGGAAGCAUCUAAAUCCAGAUGAAACUGAAAUACCUCAACUUCAGGGAUUUUUGCAAGAUCUCAAUGACUGUCACUCAGAGACAGUAAACUAUGUGAAUGGAGCUCACGGGAUUCUGUCUCUGAUUCACGGAGCCAACUCCGGAGGAGUGGAUGAUAAAAAACCCGAGGUGUGUGCAGAACUUGAGAAAAACACGAACAUCCAACUUCGUAAUGUCAACAAAGAAAUGGAAGACACCUAUACGGCUUUUGAAAAAUAUCUUGAUGAUGGCGUUGAGAAAUCCAAAGGAUCAUAUGGAGAAAAACUCAAGAACUUCUUGUAUCGUGGAAAGAAGGGUGGUGCUUUUCACAAGGUACUGAAGUGUGUUGUUAAGAAUGGUGGCGUCUACAAACCAAAGAAAGGGACCCUAAUUAACCUUAAUAUGAAGUUGGCUUCCUGUCUGAUUGACAGCAUUGAUGAUGAAUUCAGAAAGACCUUCCCAAAUGACUCAGAACGUGGAGCAUUCAAUGGAGUCAUCGAUACAUUUUCACUUAACACUGAUUCUCUGUUUGAAAAGUACAAAAAUGCUGAACUGCAGCUCAGAUUUCUCAAGACAGAGGAAGAAAAAAUUAAGGCAAAACUGAACAGAACGAUGCGGAAACAGAAGAAAAGAGUCUACAGCAGUCUGACAGAGACAAUUGAAGACAUUAUGGAUGAAGGCUACAAGAAGGCUGCAGAAUUUAGUGGAAAAGACACGCUGUACAACAUGAGGGAGACUAUUACGGACCACGUGCACUCAAAGGAGGACAUGUUUGAGAGGGCAAAAAAUACCAUGUUGGAGAAAUUGCACACUUUGAUGGAAAAAAUCCUGAAGACUCUGGAGGAAACUAUGAAGGAAUCCAUUGAACGUUCAUUCAAGACUGAUGGGGGCUUACUCCCAGAUGUUUCAACAGAGCUUGAGAUGGUGAAGAAACAUUAUGAUAAACUUGUAGGCACUCCAGAUGAUGAAACAUCACUAACUGGAUUUGCUGACCAGGUAGAAACUGCAGAAACCUGGACACAAACAGGUCUUACCAGAGGAAGUGCUGUUUAAAACAAAAAACCAUCCGAUUUGGUCUCAAUCAUUUUCAGUUGUUUUUAUUUGGUCCCUUUAAAAGUUGUUUGGUGACAUUUGACUUUGAUUUUGUGAAUGUCAUUAUAAGUGAUUGUGGACUUUUAUUUCUGUAAGACAUAUUUAUCUUUUAAUGUUUUAAAUAUUGAGGCUGACAAAGAAGUUUGCGGAAAACUGAAAGAGAUUCACAUCACAUCACUCUACAUAUAUUUCAAAUCUAUUUUAAUCGUUUUAUUUUAUGAGUUUAGUUAUGGUUCAUUCAGAUGACAAUGCAAUGAUAUAGCACAUUUCAGUACAUAUAAAAUCAGUGUACUUAACACACUAGAUAAAAAAUGGUAACACUUUAUAAUACAGCCCACAACUAAGGUGUAAUUAAAUGGAACAUCAAUGUAUUUUAUCUAAAAUUACAAUUAAAAUUGUGAUUAUAUUUACCUACAAAUAUUUAAAGGUAACAAGUCAUCCAGACCAUUGUUCCAAGAUUUUUAGUAUUAAUGACUCCUAAAAUUUAUCUUGUAAACGUUGAUUGGUCAGUUAGGGUAAGUAGCUCUAUCUCCAUGCAGCUACAGGACUAGUUUUAUCCCUCUACAUUGUGUCCAUCUUUUCCUCCAAUAAAUGUUUAAUUUUAGUAGUUCUUUUCAUUAUGGAAUUAACUGUCUGAUUAUGAGAUUCAAAGUAGUUUUUCAUCUCAACCUUUCACACUCAAAUAUGUGUUUUUGACAGGUUUUCAUACAUUAGAGCCACAGCAGAGGGUGUUUUUCUUAAAAACAAUAUCUGAAUUGGGAUUAGAUGGAUUUGUGUAUGAAAAACACAACUAGUCAUAAAUUUAUUUGUAAAACUUAAAGUUUCUGGGGUUUUUUCCAAGCACCCAUUCAUAAUUCCUGUUAUUCUCUUUAAUUGUAAGUUUCUUGGUCCCAACAACCUUUCUCACCUGUCACCUUUCUUUAUUCUUCACAAAAAAAUUAAUUAUGAAGAUUGUUUUGGCAGUAGUAUCAGCUGACUCUUUUUUGAUAUUUUGCGCUGUUGACAGAAGUUAAGUUUGUCUAACAUGCACCUCUGUCUCAUCUAACAGCCAUUGUUGUUGCAGGUCUAGUACUCUGUGUCAUUUGAGUCCCCACAAAAGAACUGAGUGUAUUAUGUAUAAAAAUACACUAUCACAUUAUUUCUAAAAGCUUGUCUUACAUUGUUAAUCCCAAUUUACCUUAGAAAUAAAUUAUAUGUUUCGGGAAAUUUUUUUCUCUCCUUUUUUUUUUAGCACAAUUAUCCUAAAAUGCCAUCAUUUUUGUGCAUUUUUGUUCCUCUUCAUUAUAGCCUUACUCAUAAUAUUAUAGCGAGAUGUCCUUUUAAUUCUAAUUUUCUAAUGCUUAAAGUCUUUGAAGUAAGUCCCUGAAUUGUCUUUACCCCCAUUACUCCCACAGAAAUCCUUAUGAAUAUCCUGAAUGUGAAUUCUUUUUUUUUGUUGUUGUUUGUUUUCUUUUGUUUUUUUUAAGGAAAUCUAAAAAAUUAAAACCAGAAUAAAUAUCAGUCUGUCAUCAA